AUACUAAGAGAACAAAUCAGAAACAAAGAACAACAACGAAGAGAUUAUUACCAAAAGAAGAAGGAAGAAGAAGAAGCUGCUAAUGUGCCAGAUUUGAUCAGCUUCGAUGACUUAGAGCCUAAGGGUACAACAAACACCAGCACCAAGUCCUUAUACCCAUCUGACAGCAGGUUGCCCAGCAAAUCUGCUACCAUUGGUGAAGUCGAUGAUGAAGAUGAAGAGGAUGAGUUUGGGGACUUCCAAAGUGAAGUUGCCCCUGGCUCUUCCAAGCCAGCUGCAACAACUGCCAAUGCUUCAACCACCAAGCCAGCGGA